AUGAUCGAGGGUGGUCUCCCACAGAUGGUCCUAUGGGAGCUCCCUGAAGAAGCUACUGCAGUUGAGUCGAGUAUCCCACAACCGGGCGGUCGUCCUGUAGACAUGAUCAACCGUGGUUUUCCAUCGUAUACCGGGGAGGUACUGUCGCGCGCGUACCUGGAGCCAAAGUCGUCCGUCAUCCGUGCGAGGCUGCGCCAAUCACGCAGCUUCCUGGUCCCUUGGGAAACACUUUCUCCGUUACUUGAGACGCGGAGAGAUCGAAAAGUCUGCAUGAUCGUGCGAGGAGUCAAUGAACCCAUGGCAGUGGUCGUGGUGGAUGCUGCUACCUCAGCGUCAGACACUCGGACACGCCCACAACAAGCCUAA